GGCCGUCACACUCACACGCGUCUCAGUAACCGACUGUGGCUCGGCUGUCUUCUCUGGCACACCCGGAAUCCGAGUCAACAGUUAUGGCUGACAAACCCAGCAUGAUGGAAAUCACAAGCUUUGACAAGACGAAACUGAAGAAGACAGAAACCCGGGAGAAGAAUCCUUUGCCCACUAAGGAAACCAUCGAGCAGGAGAGGAGACAAACCUCAGCAUGAGCAUCAGAUGAACGGAUAUUAAUGUCUCAAAGAAGACAGAAGAGACAAAGGACAGAGACGGGAUGUCCAUGAAGACAGAGCCUGAAAAAGCUUUAUAUUAGUUAUGACUGACUUGAUUACACCAAAUUCACUGGGGGGGCGGGGGAUGUUUGGAUUUUGUUUUAUAUGUUUUUUGUUGAAUUUGUGAUUUGGAAUGGAAUGUAUUAAAAGUGUCAGAAAUGUGAA